ACUAGUCGCGCCCCCGCACUCGGCUCUUUAGAGGGUAACAUCUGAACUCGGGAGCAGACACAGGUCUGUGCGCCGUCAGGACUUCCUUCGGGUUUACAUCAUGAGAUUGUCCGCCGCAUUUCGGAGCGCCUGCAGGAUCUUUCCCGGCUCAUCCCGCGGACAGUGCCGCUCCGGUGUCGGGCUCCUGAGGACCUUUCCUGCUAUCGGCACCUCGCCGGUCCGAGAUGCUGCCUCUGCCGGCGCUGGUGGUUCAUCAGAAGCGGUGAUCAGGAAUGUGGAGAAAUACCGGGAGCGAAGCGGCGAUGUCUGGUACGAAGAGGCGAUCGGUGAGAUCAUCAGGAAGUCCAGAGAUGGCAUAGCCCAGCUGCAGCAGUGCCGGCCCGCCCCCCAGCCGGUGCUGGCCAUCAUACAGGCCGGUGAGGACGACAGUUUGCUGACGACCAACAAGGAUCUAGCUGGGAAGGUUGGGUUAAACGUCAUGCAGAUUUGCUUGCCGACGGACUGCAUGGAAGAUGAGAUCAUGGAGGAGAUCCAGAGGCUCAAUGAGGAUCCUAAAGUGCAUGGUGUGAUCCUGCAUCUUCCGCACGCAUCCCUCACCAGUUGUGUGCUCAACGCCAUCGCCCCAGACAAGGACGUGGAAGGGGUGACGGACCUCAACUUGGGAAGACUUGUGCGGGGCGAUCUCAAAGACAGCUUUGUCCCUCCAUUUGCCAGCGCAGUGAUGGAGCUCUUAGAACGACUUGGUCUGUGUGCGCCAGGGAAGAGUGUGGUGAUUGUGGGUGAGAAUGGACCCCUUGAGGUGGCCAUGCAGUGCCUGAUACAACAGCGAGGGAUGCUGGCUCUCAGCAGUGUGUGGAACGCCGAUGACCUGCAAAAACAGGUUUCGCAGGCAGAUGUUGUCGUACUGACCAGCACAGGACCUGCAGAGUUUUUGGCCAGCUGGCUGCGACCAGGGACUUCUGUUAUCAACUGUCGUCAUGCCAAUUUCUCAGAGCACCAGGAUGCCCCCGUUCACAUGCUGAGGGUGGAGCCUCUGGCUGCAGCUCUCAGGAUGCAGAAUGUGGUAGAGAGCAGCCGCAGGUGGAUGGAGAAGCAGCAGUACCAGCCGUGGAGACUGAGAAGCCUGAAGCUGCAGCCAUUGUGCCCUGUGCCCAGUGACAUCGAGAUCUCCCGGAGCCAGACGCCGAAGGCCAUCGAGCUGCUGGCCAAGGAGAUAGGCCUACUGCCAGAGGAGAUCGAGGCCUACGGCAGAACCAAGGCCAAGGUGCGGCUGUCCCUGCUGGAGAGGCUGAAAGAGCAGCAGGACGGGAAAUACGUCCUAGUAGCUGGCAUCACCCCCACCCCGCUGGGUGAGGGCAAGAGCACGGUGACUAUCGGCCUGGUGCAGGCGCUCACGGCCCACCUGAAGGUCAACUCCUUCGCCUGUCUCCGGCAGCCAUCGCAGGGACCCACCUUCGGGGUGAAAGGCGGAGCUGCAGGAGGAGGGUACGCCCAGGUCAUUCCCAUGGAGGAGUUCAACCUCCACCUGACAGGAGACAUCCACGCCAUCACUGCUGCUAACAACCUGGUCGCUGCAGCUGUCGACGCUCGCAUCUUACAUGAGGCCACCCAAUCAGACAAGGCAUUGUACAGCAGACUGGUGCCCUCUGUUAAUGGACUGAGGAAGUUCUCGCCCAUACAGAUAGCCAGAUUACGGCGCCUCGGCAUCGAGAAGAGCGACCCAGGCACGCUCACAGCGGAGGAGAUCCGCUCGUUUGUGCGGCUGGACCUUGACCCCGCCAAGGUCACCUGGCAGAGAGUCAUUGACACCAACGACCGUUUUCUGAGGAAGAUCACCGUCGGACAAGCGGGUACCGAAAAAGGGAUGACGCGGCAGGCCCAGUUCGACAUCGCCGUGGCCAGCGAGAUCAUGGCCAUUCUGGCUCUGACGGACGGCCUGCGGGACAUGAAGCUCCGGCUGGGCCGCAUGGUAGUGGGCAGCAGCCGGACGGGACAGCCGGUCACCGCCGACGAUCUGGGUGUGACUGGAGCCCUGGCCGUCUUGAUGAAAGAUGCCAUCAAACCUACACUCAUGCAGACGCUGGAGGGCACACCGGUGUUCGUCCAUGCGGGUCCCUUCGCCAACAUCGCCCACGGUAACUCCUCCGUCCUGGCGGACAAGCUGGCCCUCAAACUGGUUGGAGAGGGAGGUUUCGUCGUGACUGAAGCCGGUUUCGGCGCAGACAUCGGGAUGGAGAAAUUCUUCAACAUCAAAUGUCGAGCAUCUGGCUUGCGGCCCAACGUGGUGGUGCUGGUGGCCACCGUCCGGGCGCUGAAGAUGCACGGAGGCGGGCCCAGUGUGUCUGCAGGAGCUCCUUUGCCUCGCGAAUACAUCGAGGAGAACCUUGAGCUGGUUGCGGACGGCUGCAGUAACCUGAGGAAGCAGAUCCAGAUCGCCGGCCUCUUCGGGGUGCCUGUGGUGGUUGCCUUGAACGUCUUCAGGACCGACACGCAGGCGGAGAUCGACCUGGUGCGCCGCGUCGCCAAGGAAUGCGGGGCCUCCGACGCCGUGGCGUGCCACCACUGGGAGCGAGGCGGACGCGGCUCGGUGGAACUGGCACACGCCGUCAGCAAGGCUGCCAGCCAGGAGAGCCAUUUCCGCUUCCUGUACGAGCCGCAGAUGCCCAUUGUGGAGAAGAUCCGGACGAUAGCCCAGAAGGUGUAUGGCGCGGAUGACAUCGAACUGUCUGCAGAAUCACGAGCCAAGAUAGACUACUACAAUCAGCAGGGCUUCAGUAGUCUGCCGAUCUGUAUGGCCAAAACCCACCUGUCCCUGUCCCACAUGCCAGACCGGAAGGGAGUCCCCACAGGAUUUGUCCUGCCCAUCCGGGACAUCCGGGCGAGCAUUGGGGCUGGCUUCAUCUACCCGCUGGUUGGCACGAUGAGCACCAUGCCGGGGCUGCCCACACGGCCCUGCUUCUACGACAUCGACCUGGACCCAGACACAGAGGAGAUCUCUGGACUUUUCUAAGAACCUGCCUCGUCGGGUCCCUGACAGGAGAAACAGAACCACAACACUACAUAGCUCAUCCCAGCCUCUUCUGGGGUGGGGGGUGACAUGGACAGCGGCUUCAUAUCUCCUUUGUGUACGGGGGGGGAACGACAGACAGGCGUGUUCUCCGUCAUCCCAGCAAUCUGUCACAUGAAAACACAGCCCCUGAAGGUCUUUUACAGUGUUCACCACAAUGUCUUAACUGUGUGUGUGUGUGUGUGUGUGUGUGUGUGUGUGUGUGUGUUUUGGGGGGGUGGGGCUCUGGAGUGGUAACUACAUCCUGUACCAGAGGGUUCUUAUACAUUUCUCUACAUGUUCUGAGCUAUUUACAUAACCAGUGCUUAUAUUAAUGAAACCUUAUGCUUGUACAAAUGUUCUUAGUUACAUUUAUAAAAACACUUUCUUUAAUCCAGACCAUGUGAAUGAAUGUCUGCUGUAGCUAGAUACUAAAGCCAGGCUGCCUGCUCCAUUUUUUUAUUGACCUUAAUACCAAUAAGUACGUUAAUAAAGAAUUUUUGUUAA